AUGGAGGCCCUCGUUUCGCGGCAACUUCGUGCCACAUUGCCGGCAUGGCAACGAGAUUCGCUCCGGCCUUGUCGCGCAGUCGCUCCGUCCAAUGCGGCGAGAUUCGCAACGCAGCGGCGCGAUCUCUCCGCGCGAUCGACGGAAAGGCCAAGUCGGCGGGAUUUUUCGGUGCGAGCGGAAGCAUCAGCUGACUCGAGCGUGCCGACCGUUGCUCAAGCUCCUUCGGACCGAGUCCUUCUGGAACAGGGAAACGACAGCCUUGACAUAUGCCGGGUGGUGAACGGCAUGUGGCAGAGCAGCAGCGCGGCGUGGGGACAGGCGGCACCAGAUGCAGUUGUGACUGCCAUGCUGCAGCAUGCUGACGCCGGGCUCACUACGUUCGACAUGGCUGAUAUAUACGGCCCUGCAGAGAGCUAUUAUGGAGCGAUGAUUGACAGGCUUAGGAGGGAGCGAGGGGAGGAGGCUGCAUUUGGCGUGCAGGGUCUCACCAAGUUCGUCCCCCGCCCUGACCGCAUGACCCGAGACGUGGUGGAGGUGGCGAUCAACCGCUCGCGCACGCGCAUGCAAGUCAAGACAAUCGACCUGCUGCAGUUCCACUGGUGGGAUUACAGCUACCCCGGGUAUCUAGACGCAUUGAAGCACCUCACAGACCUCAAGGAGGAGGGGAAGAUCAAGGCGAUAGGGCUUACUAACUUUGACACCAAGCGGCUGCAAGUGAUUCUGGAGAACGGCAUUCCCAUCGUUAGCAACCAGGUGCAGCACAGCCUAGUGGACAUGCGGCCGCAGCAGCAGAUGGCUCAGCUCUGUGCCCUUACUGGGGUGCAGCUUAUAACCUACGGCACUGUAAUGGGAGGGCUUCUAUCGGAGAAGUAUCUGCACGCCAAGGAACCCAACAGCAUGUUUGGGCCGCGCCUUGCCACGCCCUCUCUCAACAAGUACAAGCAGAUGGUGGAUGCGUGGGGCGGCUGGGCGCUGUUCCAGGAGCUUCUGAGGGAGUGUGAGACGGUGGCUAAGAAGCACGGGGUUACCAUCGCUGCAGUGGCCGUGCGCUCCAUUCUCGACCAGCCAGCAGUUGCAGCAUCGAUGGUGGGCGUGAGGCUGGGCCUGCAGCAGCACAUCGCAGACAACAAGGUGAUCUUUGGUUUGAAAUUGGACGAUGAGGAUAGGGCUAGGAUCACCAGUGUUACCAGCAGAGGCAGGGACCUCCUCGCUGUGAUUGGUGACUGCGGGGACGAGUACAGGUAG